AUAUUAUCUUCCCUUUCUUAUAAAUUUAUUUUUUUGUCAGGAUAUAUUUUUGUUUUAAUUUGUAACACAUUGUUAUCUUCUUCUCAGCAGUUGUUUUAGCUGAGAGCAAAUUGGUGCCCUAAUUCGACGAAAUUCAUCUCCAAAUCAUCGAGUUCCACGCCAUUAAAGACAUAAUUCGAUGAAAUUCAUCUCCGAUUCAUGUAAUUACAUUCAUCACUCUCUUAAUUUCACUUGAUUUUCGCUCUCACAUACAUUACUCAUGGCUUGUACUUGCAAUUUCACUUCUACAUUUUUGUCAUCUACUGAGUAUCUUAGGAACACUAAAACUCGAUUUACGAAGCAUUCGGUGUGUGUUAGGCCUCGAAUUAGUUGUAAUUUAGGUAGCGCGAGAAGUGAUGAGGAUGAUAAUUGGGAAAAGAAUGUAGCUAAGUUGGUUAAUUUGUCGGUUACUUUAACUGUUGUGUCAGCUGCAUUGCCACAAGCUGUUAAUGCAGCUAAAGUUGCGAAGCGUGGUAAAAAAACAAAAACCGUAGAGGUUUUUACACCGGAGCAAUUGAAAGUGUGGGCGGAGGGGCUUCCGGUUGUGGCUAACAGGAUUGCGUAUAGUGAGGUAUUGAGUUUGAAGAGGGAAGGGAGGCUUAAGCAUAUAAUUAAGCCUGCGGAGGCAGGGUUGAAGCAACAGGCGGAGGUUGUUUUAGCGGUUUUGGAUGAUUCUAGGGUUUUGAGGAUUGUGUUGCCUUCAUUUGAGGUUGAUCCGAAGUUUUGGGUGGAGUGGGAUGAGUUGGGGAUUGAUUCGGUUUGUGUUAAUGCGUUUUCGCCGCCAGUGAAGAAGCCGGAGGUUCCGGCACCGUAUUUAGGGUUUUUGUUGAAGAUUCCGGAGAAGAUGUUUACGGCGGUGAAGCCGAAGCCGUUGUCAAAGAAGGCGAUGGAGUUGAAGAGGCAAAGGGAAGAGUUGAAAAGGCAGAGGGAUGAGGAUUUGAGGAGGACGAAGUUGGAGCAGGAGAUGAUGGAGAAGGCGAUUAAAAUGCAGAGGAAGACGGAAGAGAGGAAUAGGAGGAGGGAGCAACAGAAGAUUAGGAAGGAGGAGGCUUUGCUCAGAGUACAAAUAGAAAGAAUGCGUACCAGCAGUGUAUGGGAUGACUUGGCUCAAGACAAGAAUGUUACAACAGCACUUGGGCUGCUUUUCUUCUACAUAUUUUAUCGUACUGUUGUUCUGAGUUAUAAGAAGCAGAAGAAGGAUUAUGAGGAUAGGUUAAAGAUCGAGAAAGCAGAUGCAGAGGAGAAGAGAAAAAUGAGAGAACUUGAGAGGGAAAUGCUGGGGAUUGAAGCUGGAGACAUUGAACCUGAGGCUGAGGAAGGAGCGCAAACUGAGGAAAAUCCUUACAUGAAGAUGGCAGAGCAAUUUAUGAAGUCUGGUGCUCGUGUCCGUAAGGCACGUAACGGCAGGCUCCCUCAGUAUAUGGAAAGAGGAAUGGAUGUCAAGUUUACAGAUGUUGCAGGUCUUGGGAAAAUACGACUUGAGCUUGAGGAAAUUGUAAAGUUCUUUACCCAUGGAGAAAUGUACCGCAGGAGGGGAGUCAAAAUACCAGGUGGUAUACUUCUUUGUGGCCCUCCUGGGGUGGGGAAGACUUUAUUAGCAAAAGCUGUUGCUGGUGAGGCAGGUGUGAAUUUCUUUUCCAUUUCAGCCUCCCAGUUUGUGGAAAUAUAUGUUGGGGUUGGCGCUUCUCGUGUCCGAGCACUCUACCAGGAAGCAAGGGAAAAUGCUCCUUCUGUUGUUUUCAUUGAUGAGUUGGAUGCUGUUGGAAGGGAGCGUGGUCUAAUUAAAGGUUCCGGUGGACAAGAACGUGAUGCUACUCUAAAUCAGCUCCUUGUAUCUCUGGAUGGAUUUGAAGGAAGAGGGAAUGUGAUCACUAUUGCUUCAACAAAUAGACCAGAUAUUCUUGAUCCUGCACUUGUAAGACCAGGGCGAUUUGACCGAAAAAUAUUUAUACCAAAGCCAGGGCUAAUAGGACGUGUUGAAAUUUUGAAGGUCCAUGCUCGUAAGAAGCCAAUGGCUCCAGAUGUGGACUACAUGGCUGUUGCCAGCAUGACUGAUGGAAUGGUUGGUGCAGAUCUAGCUAACAUAAUUGAGGUUGGCGCUAUUAAUAUGAUGCGUGAGGGAAGAACUGAGAUCACCACAGAUGACUUGUUACAAGCUGCACAGGUUGAGGAUAGAGGAAUGCUUGACAGAAAAGACCGUAGCCCUGAGCAAUGGAAGCAAGUAGCCAUAAAUGAAGCAGCAAUGGCUGUAGUGGCUGUGAAUUUCCCUGACCUUAGAAAUAUUGAGUUUCUUACAAUUGCACCAAGGGCUGGCAGGGAGUUGGGUUAUGUCCGGAUGAAAAUGGAUCACGUAAAAUUUAGAGAAGGAAUGCUCAGUCGGCAAUCCCUUUUGGAUCAUAUUACAGUUCAGUUAGCACCAAGAGCAGCUGAUGAGCUUUGGUAUGGUGAAGGCCAGUUGAGUACAAUAUGGGCGGAAACCAUGGACAAUGCUAGGUCAGAAGCAAGAACUUUUGUUCUUGGUGGUCUUUCUGAGAAACAUUACGGCUUAUCAAAUUUCUGGGAUGCAGAACGUAUCAAUGAGAUCGACACAGAAGCCCUGCAAAUUCUAAAUAUGUGUUAUGAACAUGCUAAAGAGAUCCUGCAGCAGAAUCGGAAGCUCAUGGAUGCUGUGGUUGAUGAGCUUGUUCUAAAGAAAAAUAUUACAAAAGAAGAGUUUUCUAAACUAGUUGAAUUGCAUGGAUCUCUUAGACCUGCUCCACCCAGCAUACUUGAUAUAAGGGUUAGAAAGCGCUUAGAAUUUGAAGAUAUGAUGCUGAAACAAAGGGAGACAGCUGUUCAGAACAGUGUAUGAGCAAUGCUUCUGAAAGGUUGAAAAGGCAAAUCAUACAUCGUCUUGCAUCAGUUGAUGUCCUUACAGCAGCCGAACCCGUGGGGACUCUAUGCAGACAUUGCAGAGAAGCUGCAAACAUGAUGCUCUGAAUUUGGAGUAGCAGGCGGAAAAUUGACAUAACCAUCAACUUCUCAGCAUUGGUGCAAGGGAAGUUUUUGUUAGUAUGGUUUUUAGCCAAACCAAGUUUUUGUUAUUACCAGUUAUUGCGUGUUAUAAUUAUUAAAUUUAUAGUUCCAGUCUUCCAGAUGUGAGGAAGUAAUUGUAGUUUCUUAACAUUAGCAAUAUUUCGCAAUGUAAUUAUACCCCAUUUAUAAAUAUAUGUUAUAAUGCAGUUUAGACUUCGGAAUUAUAUUUGCU